CUGCUGGGCGAUUGCCGCCGUCGCCCCUCCCCGGCCCCGGGAGCGGCCGCGGAGCCGCCGCCGCCGCCCACACUGCGCUGCGCGGAAGGCGGGAUCCACAAGAAAUAAACCAGAAUGAGUUAUGCAGAAAAGCCUGAUGAAAUCACGAAAGAUGAGUGGAUGGAAAAGCUCAACAACCUACACGUCCAGCGGGCGGACAUGAAUCGCCUCAUCAUGAACUACUUGGUCACUGAAGGCUUUAAGGAAGCAGCGGAGAAGUUUCGCAUGGAAUCUGGAAUUGAACCCAGCGUGGAUCUGGAAACUCUUGAUGAGCGAAUCAAGAUUCGGGAGAUGAUUCUGAAGGGUCAGAUUCAGGAGGCCAUUGCAUUGAUCAACAGCCUCCAUCCAGAACUCUUGGACACAAACCGGUACCUUUACUUUCAUUUGCAGCAACAGCAUCUAAUUGAGCUGAUCCGCCAGCGAGAGACUGAGGCGGCACUAGAGUUUGCCCAGACGCAGCUGGCAGAGCAGGGUGAGGAGAGCAGAGAGUGCCUCACAGAGAUGGAGCGAACACUAGCCCUGUUGGCCUUCGAUAGCCCCGAGGAAUCACCCUUCGGAGACCUUCUCCACAUGAUGCAGAGGCAAAAGGUUUGGAGCGAAGUUAACCAAGCUGUUCUAGAUUAUGAAAAUCGCGAGUCGACACCCAAACUGGCAAAAUUACUGAAACUGCUACUGUGGGCUCAGAAUGAGCUGGACCAGAAGAAAGUGAAGUAUCCCAAAAUGACAGACCUUAGCAAAGGGGUGAUCGAGGAGCCCAAGUAGAGCCUGUGCAGGCCCACCGCGCCACUCCCCACAGGACUCGCCUUCCCUGGCACAGCUGUAAGGUUCCCACUGCAGUAGGAAGCUUUUCCCCCUGGUACUUUUUUUUUUUUUUUUUUGACUCAGCAUCUUUCUUAAAAGGAAAACGGCUCUUUUAAAUGUUGGAAGCCCCUCGGUGAAGGGUGCCAUCUGGGAAAGCUGUCCGGCUGUGCACUGGUGUGUCCUGAGGACCUCAGCGCCUUGUGUCCCUGUCGGGGUGCUCUUGUGCCUGGCUGCCAUCGGGGCUGGGUUCCUAGGGCUGCUGGGUCGACCCCGGCCUCCCUUUGAGGGGCAUGAAGAGCACCCGUCACUCUUGCUUUCUGCUGGCUUGUAGGCAGACAAUGCCUUUGUUAAUUUUCCUAAGUCUUGUCAGGCCUUCAUCUUCAAGUUUUUCCUCACCCAUGUUUUUCAUUUUUUUUUUUCCCUUCUCUAGGAAACAAUAUAUAAAUUUGUAAAUCCUAAUUCAAAGAUGACUUUCGUGUGAGGGUAUUGAGUUGGAUUUGUUUUUCUCUUUUAGUCUGGGUUAUGUGGCUUUCGGGGAGACGUGUGUAAGGGGUGGAGCUGUGUGCAUUUUAAUUUUUUAUAUAUAUAUUUUGGUGCUGUAUGUGAUGAGAGACGAAUCAGUGAACCAUCUCUUGUAGGCAGUUUUGUUGAAAAUAAAGGUUUCUCUUUGAUUUCAAUAAUGACCACAA